AUGAUUGAGGGCGAGUUGUAUGUCGAGGACCUAGCCGAGAGACGGGUGGUGUCCAUCAGAAUGGGCUGGCUGUGGGUCGAGGGCACACCGAUGAGGCUACCGCUCAGGGCGUUGAACCUGCGUCAGGCGGCGCCCAGCUUGUGCCAACCGCACGCUUUGGCCCUUGGAUUCACGCUGAGCAACUCGCAGGAUCAUACUCUUGCGACAUUUUGGGCUGACACAGAGCCAAUCUACUGGUCCUGGGUGCGAGCGAUCGCGGCGGAGCUGGUCAGGCAAACACCGUUCCGGGCCCAACGUUGCCUGAACUUCCUCGAAAUCUUGACCAUCUGCCCGAGGGGGCCAGUUCCGCUGCCGGACAGCCCCACGGAGUCCAGAAGGCGGUCUCGAAGCGAGUUGCGCUGUUGGCCAAGCGAUUCCCCGAUGGAGAAGGACACCAGAAACGCGACCACGAUACUGGAGGACUCGCGUAGACGUGCGAGGAGCGAGCUACGCGGUUGGUCGAGCAGUAACUCGAGCGACGAGGACCUGCUCGGGGAGUUCCGUAGUAUACCGACGAUAAUAACGAAGGACCAGCCGGUGGUCACCAGAACCUGGGGCUGCAGCGAGAGCAGCGAGGGUAGCGACGACAGUCUUCCGUGGAGCGGAGUGUGCCGAUCGAGCGUGGAUUCCGUGGACUCAACGGUGUCCCUACCGGAACCAGAGACUAGAGAGCAAAGGAUCCAGAGGUACAAAGAAGCGAGAAGACGCGAGAACGAGGCCAGAAGCCGAAGAGUUCUCGAGGAGGACGCGAAAAGGCGAAAAGCAAGAGCCGAGGAGAACAACAACGAUAUCCUGAAGACAUACGGUCCCAGCAGAUCCAGAAGCAGGAUCUAUUCCGGGAAUGAUAACGACGACUUCCGUCUGACGUCGACGAAAAAGGAGAACACUGUCGUCCAUGACACCUCCAUAUUACGUAACCAGAAGAACAUCAUCGCCAGCAGUAGGCUACCGCCGGUGAAGCCGACAGAGUCCACGGUGAGAUUCGAGGAAGACCAGCGGAACGAAGACGAUAAGAGAAACAACAAUAGCCCUAAGAAUGGUAACACCAGUCCUGGGAUACUCAGAACGGACAUCAGCGAAAGACGAAGCAGAGCCAGGGAGAGAAGAAGUAUUCGCGAAAAGGGGCAACUGCUACAAACGCAACAGAUCACGUGCACUACCACCACGGUCGAGACGCUUCAGGAACGCAAGGAACGCCUGGCCCAAAUGUCCUCCAGGAUUCCAGUCCCUCGACAGCUAACCCAACCUUCGACCAAGCUACCAGAUAUCUGUAGCUCGCCGGUUCUACCGAAAUCGUCGACCUCGUUAUCGAUCCUGGUGGAACCUCCAUGCGAGGAGGACGUCGCCAGGCUACUGGAACGGUGUCAGAGGGUGGAUCACUAUGUCCCAGUCCGGGAGAAGCUGACAUUGUUCGAGUCCCUGUCGAGACUAGGCGGUCGACUGGCCAGGAGCACCGAGGAUCUAGGUCGAACAUCCUCCAAGCCUAGUCCUAGGGAGAAGCAACGAGCCAGAUCCCUUCACGAUCUCAACCGAGGAGCCAGAGCUGUCCCUGUCAGGGAAAUGUGUCGUUUCUUCGAGGGCGAUGUGGAACACGAUACGAACCAGAAGUCACCAAUUCUUGCCAAAACGAGGUUCAGCGACCCUGUGACACCCACCAGGAGUACAUGGAAGGAUCCAAUUUGUUCCAAAGGCAGUGAAUCGCCCUGUGUCAGAUCCUCGACGAGGAAAAAACAUUAUUUCAAAUAGUGUCCAUGUUACUGGCCCUUGUAUCUUAGUGAUCCCUUGUUCUAACUUUGUGGGAGUAUUUUGUAUUUCGACUUCUGCCCCCACCCCCCCCAAAAAAAAAAUUGCUACCUGUUCGAAAGGUGAAAUUGUUUAAGUGGUGAGAUGAAUUUCGACCCAUCAGGUAUGCGCUUGAAGGUUUAGGAUGAUGGGAGCAAAGAGGGAAACGUUGAACCCACCGGUUUGAUACCGAACACGAUCAAUAUUAUCAGCCAGGACUUGGAACAAGCUGGCCGCGAUGAAUCGUCACACGCCGGGAGAAAGUCGCUGUCCAGGGCAGCUUUUUUUGCUCACUUUUGCUCUCCAGGAUCCGAACUGUGCUCGAUUCUCGGCGCAACCGAAGUUCCCGAUCGACUGUUAAAUAUACACCGCGUGGCGUAACUGUAAA